AUGUCAAUCGUGGUGAGGACUACCGCUGAUGCCUUAUUCAACGUCUUAGGGGUCCCUUUUGCCGAAAUUAAGGCAUCAGGAAUGCUAACUAAGAACGGCAUUCUGAUCUGGGGAGGCGGUAAUGCAGUAGGAUGGGCAGCGAUACAGCUCGCAAAAGCUGCAGGUAUCAGUCCUACCAUCAGUACGGCAUCUUCUUCUCACCAUCAAAUACUGAGGGAUCUGGGCUCAACAAACUGCUUCGACUACCGGGAUGAUGAUGUGGUCACGAAGAUCCAGAUUGCUAUUGAUCAAUCCGGUCAACCGUUAAAGCUCAUCUUCUAUUCAGUAUGCACGAAUGGACAAGCACCCUCGACGUCAAGAUUUGAUGCAAUCAACACUGCGUCGGGCGCUAUUUUUACUGGGACUUUGCUAGUACUCAGUGACAAAAACAAGCGGAUAUGGUGUUUGGCCGCUCAGGUCUGGGACCUGAACCUGCCUCCACCCAUAGGCUCCAUCUCGGCAAACAAGGAAUGGGAAUUACGCUUGAUUGAAACCGUCUCUUGGGCAACUGAAAACUACGGUAAAGGCUUCCGGCGAAGGGCGGAUUAG